AGUUGGCCUUGGAACAGGGAAUUGCCGAGCGUCCAGAGGAUGCCAGCACCCCCGACUGCUGCUCGGAGACCCUGGCGAUGACCUUCAGCACCCACUAGAAUGCCUGGAUGGUUCAAGAAGGCGUGGUACGGGCUGGCGUCUUUACUUAGCUUUUCCUCCUUCGUCCUCAUCAUCAUUGCCUUGGCGGUGCCCCACUGGCUCAGUGGGAAAAUCCUUUGUCAGACUGGAGUGGACCUGGUCAACGCUACGGACUCAGAGCUGGUCAAUUUCAUUGGGGACAUUUACUAUGGGCUCUUCCGAGGGUGUAAGGUCCGGCAGUGCGGGCUCGGGAGCCGCCAGUCUCGCUUCACCA